AUGGACGACUGGAUUUGGAACGGUUUAUGCGAACAGCCAACAGUCAAAGCCUCUUCUGAAAAGUAUGCAAAGCUUGUCUACGAUGCAACCACUCAACUCCAUGAACCCAUUCACUCCAUCCUGUCAACUUUGAAUCGACGCGCCAUUGGGUUGACAAAGUGUGCCGACUUUGAUGCUGCUCUUCGCGAUGCCAAAGUUAUGCAAAAGCUAUCACCUUCUUCAGCACUUGGAUAUAUACGGGAAGCCAGCAUUUACAGUGAACAAGGAAAACAGCACCAAGCCAUCCAUAUAUGCAACGAAGGACUCAGUAUGAUGGAUACCAAGGAUACGCAGUAUGCUACGUUGUAUCAAGUCAAGGCUGAUGCCGAGCAACGCCAAAGCACACGCAUCGACUUUAUCAGCAAACUACCUAUCGAUAUUGUCAUCACAACGCUCAUUCCCAUGUUUAUGGAUGACACUCUUAUGGACUCAUUGAGACCAACGCCCUAUAUAUUUGUGUCCAAUGCAUGGCGUGAUCGGAUUGCUGAAUGCUUUGGUGGAUUGAGUUUUGAGGUUGCAUAUCACGAGGAGGAACGUGAUGACAAGUGUUUGAAUAUCGUCAAGUUUGCUCAACAUACAAAAAAGUUGCAAGUAUCAUUAUACUCCCAAGGAACAUGGCUCAGUGAUUUGCUAUCCGAGAACGACUUUUGCUCCCUACGUGGGUUAACCAUCAAUGAAUUCUCAAGCAUACAUGUUGAUCGCUUUAUCUCGUCCCUUGCAUCCAUCGGCAACACAUUGACCGAUUUGGACAUUAUGCUGGAUGGACCAGUUCUACAUGUUCCCACAAUAGUGACGGCUUGCCCCAACCUUGUUUCACUCUGCAUCUAUGAUACGCCAGAUGUCGAUGUCAGCUCUCUUCCCAUGGCACCAUGGCCCGCGUUGACAUCAUUAUCGCUUACAUUUUCACACACGGACAUCACAUGCGAUCAGAUAGUUGAGAUCUGGAAGCGUUUUCCAUCGCUAAAGAAACUUGAUCUUCAUCCAUGUUCCGAUAUCCAAUCAGCACUCAUAGCUCACCAGUAUGCUCCAUGGAUUCAAGACAUCUACCUUUUGAUGCGUGAUGAGGGUAUUCAGUUUAUCUAUGUUGGUGGAGAGAAACGCAGUGAAGGGAUCGGGAUCACAAGCCUUAGCAUAAGGACUGAAACAGAGGAAAUAUGCAACAACACCACCGCCAUUGUUAAGCAGCAUCACAACACACUUGAACAGAUUGAAUGGGAUAUGGAUACUAGCCACGAUACCAACACGAUCGACAAUCUUCAGUAUCCUCAACUCAAGGACCUUCACAUUAAUAUGUCUGGAUGGCAGAUACCACGCAACGCACCAUUACUACAAGAAUUGGAAAUGACCCUGGAAACAAUCAACGCACACCCUGCAGUACUCGAUGCCAUCCCACCCAAUUUGAACAAGCUAGCUUUGCAUCUACAAGGACUGACUACUGUCACGAAGCCAUCCAUCGAACGCUAUCUUGAUCGCCUUGCUCGACAACACCAGCUGAAGCAACUUAUCAUCGACUUCGACAGUGACAACGACAACGUUAACGAUUUGCUUAAAGGCAUCAGUCGUCAUGAUCAACUUGAACGCUUGGAGAUAACCUUUCCCAAUCAUUGGGCUUCCUAUCCUUUGGAGCAAUUCCUUGAUAGACUUGUCAAAGGGUGCCCUCAUUUGCACAGCCUGGACCUCAGAUCGAAAACUGCCCCGUCAGCAAAUGUCAUGAAUACCUUGAAGCGUCUUACACAUUUGAAGGAAUUCGGAUUCUUAGUCUUUUGCAUGGGUGACUACGAGAGCUUUUGGAAUGAGAUUCUCACGUUUCGUCAUCUCAAGUCUCUUACGAUUUACCUUAUACAUGGCGGGAGGGAUGACAAAGUCAAGUAUCUCAAGGAACAAAGGCCUGACAUGCAAAUUAUUGUUGAAAGAUAUGUCCUCGAGCACUGA